GUCCUAUUCCUGUUUUUUGUCAUUCGCUUAGCCCCAGCAAAUUAGCAUUCAGCUAACAUGUGUUUCUCUGUCAGCCUGGAAGAGCCCACCAUUCCACCCCACCCCGAUGCUUUCCCACAUUUCCCAGUUAAGUGUGUCACAUUAAAUGAUACGCAACACUUGACACCGAAAUGAACGAAAGAAGAAAACUAGAGGCGACAGCCAAGGAAGCAGAGGAAAACAGGGGAAGGGAAAAAGUACAUGGAAAUGACGCUAUUCCGUACUUUAUUAAUGAGCUGUUUUGGGGGAAAAUCAAUAGGGGAAAUUGCUAAAACGAAUUUAAAUCACAGAGCCAAAGCUGCAAUGAGGGAAAGCUGUGGAUGUAAUAAGGCAACAUGAGAUUCGACUGCGACUUUAAAUGUGAGGUUCUUUCCCAAGGCAUAUACUCGUACAUAUGCAAAUCAAGGGCCACAAAACGGAAGUUGAUUUCAAGUUGCUUUGGCCCGAGGGAAAGACAAAGGUUUUGCGGAAGAGCCAAACAUGAGAAAAAAGGGGAAAAAACGGAAAAGCGCCGGGGAAAAACAAAUAGGAGUUGACUCAAGACAAACAAACAAGCAGAGGGCAAGUCAAGAGGUGACAGGAAACAGGAGAACAGGAGGCGGAACGUGCUCAAGUUCGGGCGACACAGUCGAGGUGGUCAAGUAGGCCCUACCAAAUCCGUUCUCCCCCCCCACCCAGUCCGAGUCAACCCGUCAAGCAGAGACAUUCGAUUUCCAAAUACCCCCUCCCGAAAUCACGCCAAAAUUCCAAGUUUAAACUGUGAGCGACGGAUCGAAGAAGAUAUUUGUUUUGCCAAAAUACUAAAAUGAUGAACAAGUCCAAGCAGCGAUCGCCGACAAAAGCGGUGAAGAAAGCCACCAAAUCUCUGCCGCAGGCCAAGGUGAAAACUUCCAGCAAGGUCAGGCCGAAGGUUCUGCGGAAAUCCCCAAAAAAGAAUCCGCUUAAGAAAACCGUGAGGCGUUCUCCACUGAUGCGUGCUGCCCUGAAGCCCACAGUCUUGGGCUCCGCUAAGGCAAAGCCGAUGGUCAAGUCGCGUGGGAACUUUAAGAAGUCCCAUCGUCAGCCGAUUGAUGCCUUGCAAUCCCUGGGAAUGUCCCGCAGGACAAAGUUGAUAGAUGCCAGUCCACAGAAGAAGGCUGCCGGUACUCCGGUGCUGUUUCUGCUCAAGGACUCGAAGGGCCAGAAGAAGAAGGUCGCCCCGGGAACCGGAAACAGAAAGCCACAUUCGGCCCGGAUGAAUCCAAGGCAUAUGACCAAAACGAAGUCGAAGGCUACCGAGGGUGUGGAUUUCUUUUAUAACAUGGGCAUGAGGAUGCAGCAGCCGGAAAAGAUGAAGGAUCAAAAUAUGCGUCAACGAGUUGGAGCAGGAUUCGAGGGAAGAUUGGCAGGCGGCGGAGGAACUAAAUUCGGUGGCGCUAAUGUGCAAGGAUCAAGAGCGAGACCCAGUCCUCCUGGUCUAUCAUCCAUAGCCGGCGGUAUAACUGGCAUUUGCUCAAAGGACGUGGAGGUGCCGCUGACCAAUCGACUGCCAAUCAUUGACUUUAUCUCCACCAACGAGUUCCAAAAUAUGUAUGCGGCAACGAUGCGGAAGCCGCAGUCCCGGAAGCUCUUCCAUUGAUUGGCGAUCGACGAUCGGCGAUCGGCGAGUGAAAAAUAUUAAGUUAAUAUUGACAAAUGGAAGUGAUUACAUGGCCCAAGGGUUUUGCGACUCUACAUUUAGUUAUUUUCAAGUUAUUGUUUUCACAACGAGAUGAUACAACAAAUUUAAGUAACAAGUAACGAGUAACGAGUAACGAAUAACGAGUAACGAGUGCCCAUGACCACGAUUUAUUGUUGCAUUUAAAGAAAAUUACAGUUCGCCUGACGGCUGUUUUCAGAGAAGAGUAACCAGUAAUGUGUUUAACGAGUUCCCUGAGCAGACACUAGGAAAUGUGCUUACCUAUGAGAAAAGUAACCAGAAGGAAGGACAAAUAAUCAAAAAUCAUUAAAUCCAAAUUCCUAAUAAACCUAACCACAAACACAGAACUUGAGUCAAUGGCUUGGACUAGAAAUGUGAUCGUGGAACGGCGACUCUUAUGGAAAACAUCCGACAUGGGUAAUGGAUUCAGUAAUCAACGAGUGUGGCAAUUCUGAACAAAAAACUUCUUUGCCCAACUUUCGAGCGAACGCGAAACAUUUUCAUUUCGGUUGGUUUAUUUGGACAUACCAGAAAUACAUAUUCCCAAAUGAAA